UUUGCGGCAGAAGUUUGGGGCGCUGAUCCAACACCUGCGAGCAGGUGUAUCUUUUUUCCCUUCUUCUUUUCCUGGGGAAGCCAAGCAGGUGCGGCCCCCGAAGCCUCCUUCCGAGGUGUCUGCGGGACUCUCUGCCCUCGGGACGGGCGGAUUCUGGGGACGGACAAGCAGUCAUCCCGGCAUGGAGCGGCGGUGGCCAGCCAAGCACGCUUGAAGCCUUCCCGGAUCCAGCCGCUUUUCUUCCACGCGAAACGCGAGUGGAGGAGCCGAGCAACGAGGCUGCCUGCCUGCCCAGCCGGAGGAACCCUCCCCUCCUUUGCACCCAGCACCCAGGAGUAAGCACCCCCCCCCCGGUUGGUUUCGAGGAUGUGACGAGCCGAAGAGUUUGGAUGUCCACGGUGCAGAGACUGCGCCGCGCCCGUCCCGUCCAGCUUUAGGUCUACCCAGGUGCGCGGAUCGCGAAACUUUUCGGGCUGUGCCAGGGAAGAUGAAAGCCAAGGAAGUGACCGGGGAUCCCUCGGCUGCCUCCACCUCUUCCACCCAGGAUGGGUCAGUCCUGCUGGUACCGCCUCACCCGUCGGAUCGGGAUCCUUUCGCUGGAAGGGAGAGGGUCGAGGCCAUCGACCUGACCCUCGACGGCCUUCUGUACGCCCGGAGCAGCGAAGACGAGGAGGACGAGGAAGAGGAGGAGGAAGACCAGGACGAGGAAGAAAACGCCCGUCUGAAGGAACGAGACCAGCUCUCUGGCUCCUCCUUGGUCCAGGAAAGUCCCGGCUUGCCGUCGGGCAAAGACGCCCUGGACCGGGUCCUGGAUACCUUCCUGACCUCAGCUUCUGGCAACUCGGACAGCCCUUCGGCGGCGUGGUCAUCUUUCUUCGGCUCGGAGAUCCCCGAAUUGGCCUCAGGGCUCCCCGCCCGGCGCUCCCUCGACGGCAAAGAAGAGGGCGCGCCCCCGGACGCCGCUUCCCUGCUGCCGCCUCCGCCUCUUUCUCCGCGGGCCACCGCCUCUCCUUCCCUUUGGAAGGCGGUUAAAGAUGCGGAGGGAGCUCCUUUUAAGAGCCCGAGGGGCAGGGCCCCGGCCCCCGCAGCCUCGACGGCGUUGCCUAAAGGAGGACAGCAGCAGGAGGGGGAAGAAGAAGAAGGAAAGCUGGUUCCCGGGGCUGGCCGCGCCGUAGAGCCUCCCGCCUCUUCCCCUUCUUGCAAGCUCCUGGCGGGGCGCUCCCCCCUGGCCGCCCCCUCCGCCUGCCCUGAGUUUCUCAACGUGCCCAUCCUGCCUCUCAACCCGGCUUACUUGGUCGCCCGGACGCGGCAGCUGCUGGACGUGGACGAGUGCCAGGAGUGGAGCCCUUUCUGCGGGCACCCAAACGCCGCCGCCUCGCCCGCCUCCUGCAACCUCCAGGACUUCCCCGGCUUCGUCUACCCGCCCAAAGAAGGGCACCCGCCGCCGUCGCCGCUUCCCCCGCCGCCGCCGCCUCCUCCUCCGCUUUAUCUCUUGGGCUCCGUCGGGGACUUUCAGCCCAGCUUCAAGAUCAAAGAGGAGAGCCUCGCGGCGGCCGUGGCCAAAAACAGCAGCGACGGCGGGGCGCAUUUGGGGCCCGGGACUUUGCAGGCUGCCCCGCUGCCCUGCCCGGACUACGCUCCGUCGAUCGCCGCCCCUUCGCUGCCCAAGAACAAUAGCAUGAGCAGCCUGGAAGCCGCCGCAGCCGCCGCUGCCCCGUCGUCCAGCCUGGAUUGCGUCCUCUACAAGGCGGAGGUGGGUUCCGGCGCCCUCUCGGGCUCCUACGGACUAGCGCCUUACAAAGCCUCCGCCGCCAGCGCCCUGGCGCCGAGGGAGACUCUCUCGUUGCCCUCCACCUCGGGCGCCCCGCCUCAAGGCCUCUACCAGCCGCUCGGCUUCCAGGGCCAGCAGCAGUUUUAUUCUCCUUACCUGGGCUAUAUCAGGUCUGAUGCCGAAGCUGGUCAGAGCCCUCAAUAUGGGUUUGAACCUUUGCCCCAGAAGAUCUGCCUUAUCUGUGGUGAUGAAGCUUCUGGGUGCCACUAUGGCGUCCUCACCUGUGGAAGCUGCAAAGUCUUCUUCAAAAGAGCAAUGGAAGGUCAACAUAAUUAUCUAUGUGCAGGGCGGAAUGACUGCAUAGUGGAUAAGAUUCGUCGAAAGAAUUGUCCCGCAUGUCGCUUGAGGAAGUGCUGUCAAGCUGGCAUGAUACUUGGAGGUCGAAAGUUUAAGAAGUUUAAUAAGGUCAAAAUGCUAAGAGCCUUAGAUGUUGUCGCACUGCAACAGCCAGCAGCCCUUCCAAAUGAAAGCCAAGCAUUGGUGCAGAGGCUUUCUUUUUCACCGAGUCAAGACAUUCAAUUUAUCCCUCCACUGGUCAGUGUCUUACAGAGCAUUGAGCCAGAAGUUAUCUACGCAGGUUAUGAUAACACGAAACCAGAAACUCCAAGUGCUUUGUUGACCAGCCUCAAUCACUUGUGUGAGAGGCAACUUCUCUCUGUAGUCAAGUGGUCCAAGUCAUUACCAGGAUUCCGGAAUUUACAUAUUGAUGACCAGAUAACUCUUAUCCAGUAUUCAUGGAUGAGUCUAAUGGUCUUCGCGAUGGGAUGGAGAUCAUAUAAGCAUGUCAGUGGUCAAAUGUUGUACUUUGCUCCUGAUCUAAUAUUAAAUGAACAGAGGAUGAAAGAAUCAUCGUUCUAUUCCCUGUGCCUAUCCAUGUGGCAAAUUCCACAAGAGUUUGUCAAGCUACAAGUAAGCUGUGAAGAGUUCCUUUGCAUGAAAACCCUGCUCCUCCUGAAUACAAUUCCUUUGGAAGGACUCAGAAGCCAAAAUCAGUUUGACGAUAUGAGAUCCAGUUAUAUCAGAGAACUGGUCAAAGCAAUUGGGCUGCGACAGAAAGGGGUUGUAGCCAGUUCUCAACGUUUCUACCAGCUCACAAAGCUUAUGGACUCCAUGCAUGAUCUCGUGAAGCAACUUCACUUAUACUGUCUCAACACAUUUCUUCAGUCCCGGGCACUGAGUGUUGAAUUCCCGGAGAUGAUGUCAGAAGUGAUAGCUGCCCAGCUUCCGAAGAUACUGGCCGGAAUGGUGAAACCACUUCUCUUUCACAAAAAGUGACCUGCCUCUCAAUCUAUCUACAACCCCUACUACCCUCUAUCUCUCCUCUCCUCCCCCCUCCCUCCCCCCCACUCUCUCCCUCUCUCUCUCUCUUUCAACAUUUGUAGAGAUAACAUACAAAAAUUGUGUAUUUUAAAAAAAAAUUGUUGGAGAAUAUUUUGGGUGGGUGAGAUUUAGCAAUGUUGGGAAUAGCCCCAGCUCCUGUGUCAUUUUGUAUGCCUACAUUUUAUGGAUUAGACCUGGAUUAAGUCAUACUUAGAAGAGACAC